CCGCGUGGCGCUUAGGCCUCUGCCGGCCGCCGCCGCUGCGGGGCGCUCGGGCUGCGCCCGGGCCUGCCAGCACUUGGAACGUGCACGGCAAGACCACGGCCAUGGCAGCCGCGGCGCAAUCGAAAGUAGCCAGGCCUUGGUUGAGCUGGUGGGCGCGCGAUGCCACGGAGAGCCAUCGGUCCUCAACGACUCCGCCAUGGAAGAGCUCCGAUUCAACAAGUACCACUACUACCAUGGGCUCAAACUCCAUGAGGACGAGGGCUACUUUCAGUUCCAGGAUUUCAGAAGAGCUUGGCUGCCUCUCUGGGGUCGACUUCGCCAGUUUCUGGGCUCUGGUGGAGGAGGAGGACGCACGCCACAAGAGAGAGGAAGGUCCGAGAAGUGGACUAGGGAAGAAGCAGGGAUUGACGUUCGAGCUAGUGUCCCGGUAUUUCUCCAUGCCGAUCAAACAGGCGGUGCGGGAGCUCGACGUUGGGCUCACGGUCUUGAAGAGGAGGUGCGGGGCGCUCGGGGCCUCCGCCGGCCGCCAUAGCUGCGGGGCGCUCGGAGCCUCCGCCGGCCGCUGCCGCUGCCGCUGCUUGGCGCUCGGGGCCUCCGCCGGCCGCAGCUGCGGGUAUUUUGUGGUGGAUUCAAUACUACCUGUGAGGUGCAAGCGUGACGGGAGAGGAUGA